AUGUCACGACAAAAUACCAAAAUAUGUAGCCUCUUGCUCAUCGCAUAACAUCAUUGUUUACCUUGGCGCGUAUUGGAUAUAUCGCGCCAUUGGAAAACAUCAAGAAAUACUUCUGCAAUUAUGGAGAACCUUCAACUCGGACAGCGACGAUGGAAAGUUGUAAUGACAUAUGGAUUUUGGGUGAAAGUUGCUCAAUUGAUAUGUGCACUAGUGGCAAUCUUGUUAUGCGUCACAUUUGAUGAGAUCGCGAAAGUGCGAAACGUUAAAACCUCUGACUACUACAGUAUAACGCUAAAGUUUCCAUUCAUCUAUGAGGCAAACGUCACAGUACAUCCCCCGGACGGCUUACCCAUUAGGGCGUUCAAGUUUCAGAACACUUUGCUUCCUUCCGUGAUAGCGUUCGUGGUCGUAACAGCUCUGGCGAUGGUAGUCGCCAUUUUUUUCUUAGUUUUCAAAAUCAUUCAGCAUGGCUCACAAGUAACACAGAUGUUUAUUAAGCUGAAUUUUUUCAUUGUACUUGGCUGCACAUUUCUUCAGUUGGCAAGUGUAUGUUUCUGGAUGGCAAAUCUUAUAACACUGGUCCAAGACGUGGACGACCAGCUGAAAUUUUUACUAGAUAUGUGCAGGGUUAAUUUCGUACCAUGCCAGACGACAACUCCCAAGUUUCCACCACUCUACGUAUCUAUGGUGUUCGGGAUUUCACUUUUUCUCCUCUUGUCAGCCGAUUGCAUUGAAAUAUUUAUCAGAAUGGUCUACACCAUACCAUAUCAGAUUAGAAAUAACAGGUUUACCAGACCUACAAGGCCUACAAGCAAUGUCGAACUCCAAGCAGUUCAUGGCCACACUACGGGUUAUGGUGGUUUAUGAUGAAAGUGUAAAGUAUCCAAAAGAAGAGAUGUGAAAAAGCCAUAAAGCUGAUGCAUGCGGAUAUUUAAGACUUUGAUAAAAAAAACUCUGGGUUGAUCUUGGUUGAGCAAAUAUCAACACGUUAUUUUUCCUGAUUCUCGUUAAGAAUGAACAUAUAUUUUGGUAUUAUUUUUGGCUUUGACGAACGCAUGCAAUACUGCAUUACCUGAGCAUUAAACACUAGCUGGUACUCUUCUCGUAUUUAAGUAUAGAUAUAUUAAAUGACUCUCUAAUAAGAAUUCAUUUGGGCAUAAUGUUUAAAUCAAAGAAAAAGGUUCAUAUAUUUCUUUUCAACAGUGUAAAUAGCAUACUAUGAAAUAAAGAUCAGUUUUUAG